UGAAACCGGGAAGAAAUCAACUGGAGACGCGUGAUCAUGUACAUCUUCUAUUUCUAAGAGAAAUUUGUUUUAUGAGUGCUUGGUAUCGUAUAAACGUAAUUUUAUAGCAUCCGUGCGUUUAACGGUAGUCACGUCUACCGAGAUUUUGUAUUUUAACGAAACGUUUUUGUAAAAUCGCUCAGAAACUCAUCCACCAAGGUCACAAGUGGCAGUAGAUGUGGAAGCUAAUCCUUAAGUACAUGUGAUCGUAGUGAAGCUGAAAUAUGGCUGGACUUAUAAACUUUGAAGAUGAUAAUGAAGUGAAGCAGUUUUUGGACAAUUUGGGAGUGGAGUACAGCUUCCAGUGCUACAAAGAUAAGGAUCCUGAAGGGUGCCAAAGGCUGGCAGACUACUUGGAGGGUGUGAAGAAAAACUAUGAAUCUACAGCACAAGUGCUCAAACAUAACUGUGAAACAUAUGGACACGGAGAGAGCUGCUAUAAACUGGGGGCUUACCAUAUCACAGGCAAAGGUGGAAUGGCCAAGUGCCUGAAAACAGCAUACUCCUGCUUUGUGCGCUCCUGCAGUGCUGGAGGAAAGAAGUCUGCAGAUGCUUGCCAUAACGUUGGUCUGUUAGCCCACGAUGGACGAGCUAUGGAGGGAGCACCCGAUCUUACGACAGCUCGGCAGUACUAUGAGAAGGCCUGUGACAGUGGAUUCGCUCCAUCCUGCUUUAACCUCAGUGCUAUGUUCAUUGAGGGCAAUGCCAAAGGACUGCAACCCGAUAUGACUCAAGCUUUGAAGUAUGCUAACAGAGCUUGUGAGCUGGGACAUGUAUGGGGCUGCGCCAAUGCAAGUCGUAUGUACAAACUCGGGGACGGUACAGAGAAGGACGAGAAGAAAGCAGAAGAGCUGAAGAAUCGUGCGAAGGAGCUGCAUGGUUUGCAGAAAGAAAGGCAGCUCAAGUUUGGGGAGUGAAGACUUAAAGUUAGAUUAUUGUUUUGGUCUGCAGACAUGUGUGGUGUUCAGUCAGGGUUUGUUGUGUGCGAAAGUAUGGGCACAACAAAAACAUGUUCCAGGUGCACAAAGGCAGAAGAAAAUAUGGUUAAAUGGAGGUGUUUGGGCUGCCUCAUUAAUAGUCUGUAUAGAUAAUUUCAGCCAAAUGUGUUCAAGUUGAUGCUGAUGGAAUUUAGCAAUAAAAUGAAUGGUGAUUCAUGA